UUUCUGCCACCCACCCUCCACCCGCCCCUCAAAUAGGGAACUGAGCAGCUAAUCGUUUCUCUCCCAGCUGCCACUGGGCGCCACUUCCUUCCAGGUCUUUCACCAUUUCCUCUCCUCCUCUUCACCCUUUCUCGUUCACUCGUUCCUGCCUCGUCCUGCAGCAGAGGGGCUGCCACGUGCUGGUCCUGGGCUCAGACCCCCCCCCACACACCCCAGCCCCCAGCCCCACCUGUAGCUACGAGCUGGCCCCGGCUCUCCAGCCACGAGGCUGGUCUUUGCGCGUCCGGAGCGUCUUCCGUCUCCUCUGCUCCAUACCCGUCCGCCGAGCCCCGGCCCGGGACGAGGGAGCCCAGACACCAUGGCCGUAUUGGGGGCCUGGCCCCAGCUGAAAAUCCAGCCUACACUCCUGCUUCUCCUGGUAGCUGCAGCCUGUGCACAGACAUCACCCAAAGGGAAGGAGAUGGCCAGCCCAGGGACCAGUGAGGAAAGCCGGCACAUCAGUACUGGUCCGGAAACUGCCUCGCCCUCUGCCGAAUUAGCCAGCAACAGCACCAAGCCCCCUGACAAAUUAGCCAGAAACAGACCCGAGCCCCCUGACAAAUUAGCCAGAAACAGCUCCAAGCCUUCUGCCGAACUAGCCAGGAAUCCACCCACCGCGGCACAGCAGGAACCCACCGCCGCCCAGACGCUGGCAACAAAGGAUUCGGCUGGGCCAGUGUCUCCAUCUGGCCUUCCCUCUGCGGAGGCGACCGUGGCCCUGAGAUCCGGCCUGGCCGGGGCGACGACAGCGGGUGGCGAACAGCCCGUCACGGAUCUGAAGCAGGAAGGGCUGAAGCGGCAAGCGGGCACGGUGGCAGGGAGCCCGGGUCCGGGGCAGGAGACUCAGACCGUGCCAGGCAUGGACAGGCAGAGCACAAGUGCCCCCAUGGAGCCCGCCAAGGGCACCGAUCGGAGCGGGUACAACCAGACCGUGCCAGCCAGCACCGAUCGGACCGGCCGCUACAGGGCUGCCCCAGACCACACCGCUGGGCCCUCGAAGAACCAGCCCACCCCCACACGCUCGCCCCCUGCCCUCUUCCCCACCCCGCCUGCCAAGAAACCGAAGCCCGACUCAGAGGUCUUCACGCCGAUGCCGGCCUCCAGCCCCAGCCCCGCCACCCGCAAGCUGCCCGUGGGCAUCAUUGUGGUGCUGGUGGUUGUCACCAUCGUGGUGCUGGCCCUGCUCGCCGUGGCGCUGCACUGUCGGAGCCGGCGACGGUCCGGCUCCACCACCUUCAGCGGGCUGGCGGGGCCUGGCGAGUGGGCGGGGCCGGUGAGCCUGCCGGAGGAGAAGGCCGAGGGGCAGGCCGGGGCCGGGGGGCAGCAGGCCGGGCCGGGUGAAUCCAGGCGGCCCACGCUGACCACCUUCUUCGGGAAGCGCCACUCCCGGGUGUCCUCGGUGGCCAUGGAGGACGUGGCUGGGGCCAAGGGCGAGGGGCCCCUUUCGGAGCCUCUGCUGGCCCCGGGGGAGCAGGGGGGCGACCCUGUGCCGCAGGGGGCAGCGGAGGCCAACGGGAUGGUGCCCAGACCCACCUCGCCCCCUCCGGAUCCCCCCGCCAACGGGGAAUUCCCCCUGCCCCCUCCCAUGGAGCAGGAAGCCUUGCCCCCCGUGUAAGCCCCACCCCUAAUCACCUGCCCCGCCCACGGCGCCCCCUGCUGGGCGAGGCCGGGGAUGGAAUAGCUGGGAGCUCCCCCACAGCCAGUGCCCCCCACCCCACCCAGCGGCUCCCCCUGCUGGGCGAGGCCGGGGAUGGAAUAGCUGGGAGCUCCCCCACAGCCAGUGCCCCCCACCCCACCCAGCGGCGCCCCCUGCUGGGUGAGGCCGGGGAUGGAAUAGCUGGGAGCUCCCCCACAGCCAGUGCCCCCCACCCCACCCCACCCCACCCCCUGGCGCCCCCUGCUGGGUGAGGCCGGGGAUGGAAUAGCUGGGAGCUCCCCCACAGCCAGUGCCCCCCACCCCACAGCGCCCCCUGCUGGGUGAGGCUGGGGAUGGAAUAGCUGGGAGCUCCCCCACAGCCAGUGCCCCCCACCCCACCCCACCCCACAGCGCCCCCUGCUGGGCGAGGCCGGGGAUGGAAUAGCUGGGAGCUCCCCCACAGCCAGUGCCCCCCACCCCACGGCACCCCCUGCUGGGCGAGGCCGGGGCAGUUUCCAUCUGCCCACCUGGGCGCUGGUGGAUUCCUUGUCGUUCUUGCUCAAGUCUUUUCUUUGUGUCUUUUGCAAGAUUUUCCGCUGUCCCCAGCCACAAGUUUCCUGUUUACGAUUCACUCCUCGAGGUUGUUUGAAUUUGGAGUGAACAGUUUAGGGUGUGAACAGAAUAGAACCCAGGAGUCCUGGCUCCCAUCCCCCCACCUCCCACCCCAGCCCCUGCUCUAACCCACUAGACCGCACUCCCCUCCCAGAGCCGGGGAGAGAACCGGCCGUGCAGCUCAGGAGUGGGGCUGGGGGAACCCAGGGCUGGGCUGGCAGGGGCUGCGGGUUGGGAGUGAGGGGCACCGGCAGAGCUGGGGGGGCAGGGCUGGGCUGGCAGGGGCUGCGGGUCGGGAGUGAGGGGCACCGGCAGAGCUGGGGGUGCAGGGCUGGGCUGGCAGGGGGCUGUGGGUCGGGAGUGAGGGGCACCGGCAGGGCUGGGGGGGGAGCAGGGCAGGGGGGACAGGGGCUGCGGGUCGGGAGUGAGGGGCACUGGCAGGGCUGGGUGUGUGAUUGUGGUUCGGGGCAGGAUGCUCACAUCUCUUGGCUCGUCACAAUUUCCUUUCGACUCGCUCUCAGGACUUGAGUAAUUAACGGCUGAAUCUGUUACAGGAAGGCUUGUUGUGUCGGUGCCCCUCACUCCCGACCCGCAGCCCCUGCUAGCCCAGCCCUGCCCCCACAGCCCUGCCGGUGCCCCUCACUCCUGACCCGCAGCCCCUGCCAGCCCAGCCCUGCCCCCCCAGCUCUGCCGGUGCCCCGCACUCCCGACCCGCGUGUACAUUUGACGUGAGAGGAAAUCGCGCCCCUUUCUGCAGAGUUUUAUAUUUUUGUGUAUUUAAUAAAGAGGUUUGCGGCUCCA